GUGGCCCUUUGUUCACCGCCGGCCUCAGUUGCUCUGGCCCAAAUGAGUGAGGGUUGUCGCGGCUGGAUACCAGAGGCUCCUUCCGGCUUCCUGCGAGCGGGCUGUGCGAAAGCUAAAGGGUGGAUCUCCGCGGUGGUCAGACCUAUCGCCUCUCACGUCCUUCCUCGUGAGACUCAGUCUUCUGGGGACGAAAGGAGCGUCUGGCAUGGUCUCCCCGACCCUACCCAAAGCGCUCAGUCUGAUGGGAGCGAGUCACUAGGCCGGGGCUGUAGAUCGGCCAAGGGAAACAAACGCGUGGAAUGAGCUGCGGCUGCGCCUGCGCAUCCCUCUAAGACCGGAGUAACUCAGGAAGUUGCUGCGAUUCUUGUUCCUCGAGUGCCCCGGGUGACUUCCUCAGUUGAUAUGUGCCGUAUGGCACACAGCCAUUCCUGCUGGGCCAACGAGGAGAUGCUUAUUCGAGGACAUUUACCUGGCCUACAAGAAACGUACCAAAAUUUCGAGUCUGUUUUCCUUACUGUGAUGGUAGAUGGUUUCUUGCCAAGUGUGGCUUGAAGACCACCUGCAUCCAAAUUGCCCUCCACUCCCCUUAACUACUGCAUCAUAGUCACCGGGGUGAAGUGGAAAGCCUGCAAACUGCUCAACUAGAACAUCAGAGCUCUAAUACUGUGUCAGAGGGUAGUUAAUUUGACACUAUGGGGAUACAAGGAUUGCUACAAUUCAUCAAAGAAGCUUCUGAACCCAUCCACGUGAGGAAGUAUAAAGGACAGGUAGUAGCUGUGGAUACCUAUUGUUGGCUUCACAAAGGAGCUAUUGCUUGUGCUGAAAAACUAGCCAAAGGUGAACCUACUGAUAAGUAUGUAGGAUUUUGUAUGAAAUUUGUAAAUAUGCUGCUGUCUCAUGGCAUCAGGCCUAUUCUUGUAUUUGAUGGAUGUACUUUACCUUCUAAAAAAGAAGUAGAGAAGUCUAGAAGAGAAAGGCGACAGUCCAACCUUCUUAAGGGAAAGCAGCUUCUUCGUGAGGGGAAAGUCUCAGAAGCCCGAGAAUGUUUUACUCGUUCUAUCAAUAUCACACAUGCUAUGGCCCACAAAGUUAUUAAAGCGGCUCGGGCUCUGGGGGUGGACUGCCUCGUGGCUCCCUAUGAAGCGGACGCACAGUUGGCCUACCUUAACAAAGCCGGUAUUGUGCAAGCUAUAAUCACAGAGGACUCCGAUCUUCUAGCUUUUGGCUGUAAAAAGGUAAUUUUAAAAAUGGACCAGUUUGGAAAUGGACUAGAAAUUAACCAGACUCGGCUAGGAAUGUGCAGACAGCUUGGGGACAUAUUUACAGAAGAGAAGUUCCGUUACAUGUGUAUUCUUUCCGGCUGUGACUAUCUCUCAUCACUGCGUGGGAUUGGAUUAGCAAAGGCAUGCAAAGUGCUGAGACUGUCCAAUAAUCCAGAUAUUGUAAAGGUUAUCAAGAAAAUUGGGCAUUAUCUCAAGAUGAAUAUAACAGUGCCGGAGGAUUACAUCAAAGGAUUCAUUCGAGCCAACAAUACUUUUCUUUAUCAACUAGUUUUUGAUCCCGUCAAAAGGAAACUUGUCCCCCUGAAUGCCUAUGAAGAUGACAUUGAUCCUGAAACACUAACCUAUGCUGGACAAUACAUUGAUGACUCUACAGCUCUUCAAAUAGCACUUGGAAAUAAAGAUAUAAAUACUUUUGAACAGAUUGAUGACUACAAUCCAGACACCGCUAUGCCUUGCCUAUUAAGAAGUCGUAGUUGGGACGACAAAGCAUGUCACAACUCAGCUGCUGUUAACAGCAUUUGGCAUAGGAAUUACUGCCCUGCACUUGAAAUGAAUAUUGUUUCAGAUGUUACAAAGUCAGAAGAAAAGCCAAGUACGGUGGGCGUUAAACAAGUGAUUAGUACUAAAGGGUUAAAUCUUCCAAGAAAAUCAUCCAUGGUGAAAAGACCAAGAAGCGAAGAGCUCUCAGAAGAUGAUCUGUUGAGUCAGUAUUCUUUUUCAUUUACAAAGAAGACCAAGAUAAAUGGCUAUGAAAAUAAUAAACCAUUGAACUCUUCUGAAAUGUUUUUGCCUGAUCUGAGAAAUGGAAGUAUUCGCACAGAAAGCUUAAAUAUACCGCCUAGGACAAGAAAUAAAUUUGCAACAUUUUUACAGAGAAAAAACGAAGAGAGUGGUGCAGUUGUAGUUCCAGGGACCAGAAGCAGGUUUUUUUGCAGUUCCCUGGAUUCCUCUGCCUGUAUAUCAAAGAAGGCAAGCCUCCAGCCUCUAGGUGAAACAGCUGUCAGAGAAAAAGUGACUGAUCUCAGUGAAUCAGAUUGCCCAGACCUUGAUGGCACGAAGCUAGGAGAUACCAAUGCAGCACAUAAUUCAGGUGGCCGGAGUCCAGAUGAUGUGACUGUGUUUGCUGGUGAAGAGCCUCAGGCUGUUAAGACAGGCACGUGCACAAGGACCAUUUCACCACCCACUCUGGGGACACUAAGAAGUUGUUUCAGUUGGUCUGGAAGUCUCAGAGAGUUUUCAGACUCUGCGAGCACCUCUCCAAACCCCCCAAGCACAGCGUUACAGCAGUUCCAAAGGAAAAGUGAUUCUCCUUCCUCUCUGCCUAAAGACGCUAAGCUGUCUGAUACGUCUCAGUCCAAGAGUGAUGAGUCAGGUGAUGAAUCUCAGUCCUUGCGUGAAGUGGAUUUGUCCUCACAGUCUCAGCAAAGUAUGGAAUUCUCACCAUGCAGUUUAAAUGCAUCAGAAAUGUCUCAGCCUUCUAGUAAGGGUUCCGAUUCAGAGGAGUCUGAUUGUAGUACUAAAUCACUUGAUAAUCAAGGUAAUCAGAACUCCAAGCAACAUUUAUCUCAUUUUUCAAAGAAAGAGACACUUCUAAGGAAUAAGGUUCCUGGGCUAUAUAAAUCUAGUUCCCUGGACUCUCUUUCUGCCACCAAGAUCAAAGCUCUGGUUCCUGCCAGAGUCAGUGGGCUGAGCAGGAAGCCGGCAAGCAUCCAGAGGAGAAACCGUCACAAUGCCGAGAACAAGCCAGGUUUACAGAUAAAAAUCAGUGAGCUCUGGAAAAAUUUUGGUUUUAAAAAAGAUUCCGAAAAGCUUGUUUCUUGUAAAAAGCCCCUGUCUCCAGUCAAAGAUAACAUCCAGCUAACUCCAGAAGCAGAAGAGGAUAUAUUUAACAGACCUGAAUGUGUGCGUGUGCAGAGAGGGAUAUUCCAGUAACCACAGGCUGCUGGGAGGCCUGCCCUGGGGAAGACUGUAUCAAUUGGAACUCCUUUUUUGGAAGCAAUUACCUGCCGGAAAGAUUUGUUCUUAGGCAACAUUUUAAAACUAGGAUACAUUUUGUAUGUUAAC